AUGCAGCCUACAACUAUAACCAUUAUUUUAGCCUAUCUGGGCGUCCUCAGUACAGCCGCAGUUAUUCCCGUCGAAGUUGAGAAACGAACACUAGGAGACCGUAACGAUCCAUUCCAGGUCGACGUCGACUGUUCUGGCGCAGAUGCGGUCUGUAACCUCGACUGCUACGGUAUACUGUGCUUUCUAGUACCGAAUCCUACCCAGCGACAGAUUGGAAUCUCUGCGACUCACAGACAAGACUCUGGUGUCGAUGCACGCCCACUGUAUCUCACCGAGCAGCAACGAUUCGAUAGAGGAUUGAACCACACAGACACAAUCUUGAACCAGAUCGGUAGAAGCCCUGAGGAAAUUACAAUGGCUUCCUCCGCACAGGGGGGCAGUGGUGAUAUCCUAGGUCCAACUCAAGUCAAUCAGAAUGAAGAGAUUGGUUCCCGCAUCAGUGGCCAGCUGUCUCAUCUCGGCGUCGGUGACAGGCAAUGGUACUUCAGACGCUUCACGAACUACGCACAUGCUCCUUACUGUGAUGCUUUGCAAGCAUCACCACCAGAUCACAGUGUCUGUCCGGAGGAUGGCAAAGACGAUACUGAUCCUGCGAGGAUCUCCUUUGUGCGCAUGGACGCUCGCGGACCGAAUAACCGCAUUCAGUAUCAUAUGAUGUCGUUCAAUGCCGGAGAUCGAUGGACAGGAAAGAACUGGGCCCGAGUUUCGAAACGUGAGGAUGAGGAGGUUAAUGAAGAGGAUCCUUAUGUUAUCAAACAGUAG